GUGAGAGUUACGCGAAUGAACCGGAAGUGUUUGUAAACAGACAAAUUUCAUUCAAAGUUAAAAAGUCCUUCAGCCUUCAGUUUCAUACUUUUAGCCACGACAGGGUCGGUGAAAGAAAGGUAUCGCACGGUUGCUAUUCAGAAAGAACAAAUGUGUUCGGUGUGAAACCGGUUCAGCAUCAGGAAAUAAUAACAAUGUGGAGUCCAUGGGAAGCCCUGAAAAAGAGCAAAACUGCAAGGUUUGGCAUUCCAAUGUUGUUGCUGGUUGUCGGAGGAUCCUUUGGACUUCGGGAGUUCACACAGAUUCGGUACGACGCGCAGAAACUGAAGAAAAAGCUGGACCCAGAACUGGAAGCCAGAAUCAAAGCACAGAAGAAUCCAGUGACUUUGGAGAAUGAGUACGAGAGGCUGAGGAGCGUCAACAUGGAUGAGUGGCAGAACAUCAGGGGCCCGAGGCCUUGGGAGGAUUCCCGGGAGUACCAGCAACAGCAGCACGCCCUGCAGGACGCCAGGCACAAGAAGGGCCCGUAGUGGACACAGGGACUGCUGCGUUGUUGCUUUCGUGUGCUGGGGACGGCUGGAGCAGCAGGUUUUGCCUCAGGGCAGGAUCGGGAUUGGCGUUCUUCCUUUUGACGUGAGGGCCCUGCAGAAAGUGGGGUCACCGUGAGGACUGGCAGCUUACAGAGAGGAAUCCAUGAGGCUGGUACUUUAACCAGUGCAGUACAGCUGUCUGAUAUGAGAUCGUCUCAUCUUGUGGUGUUCCUCUUCUUAUACUAAGAGAAUAUUAAAAGCUCUUGGGUUAGUUUAAAAUCUAA